CCUUCUCGAUUACUUGCUUUAGGAACGUUAGACGCACCUAUCGUGCGCCUUAUUUCUACAUCUUGUCUCCAAGGCAAGGUUCUAUAUGCUGCCCUUAGCCACCGCUGGGGGAAAGACAAGGAUUUUGUGCUCACAUCCGCCUUGCUACGAAGUUACGAGACAGAAAUCCGUCCAUCUCAGGUUUCGAAAACAUCCUGGGAUGCGUUCCAUACUACAAGGAGCAUUGGGCUUCAAUAUCUGUGGAUAGAUUGUCUUUAUAUCAUACAAGAUGACAAUGAUGAUUGGCAGCGGGAGUCUGCAACGAUGUCAAAGGUUUAUGGGCUGGCUACUUGCACGAUUGCUGCUGCACUUGGUGGAGAUGGUGACGAUGGCUGCUUCACCACUCGAAAUCAGUUCAAAUAUCGCCCGUGUAAAGUCCCGAAUCCUUUCGACCACGAUUCUAGUUUGUCUUUCUAUCUACGCUCGCAGUAUUUUGGUGAAAUCUAUAGGCGUGAGGUGAAGGGGUCUCCAUGGUACAGCCGUGGUUGGGUCUUUCAGGAACGUACUCUAUCGCCGCGUUUGUUGGUGUUUGGGGAAACCCAGAUGCUAUGGGCUUGCCAGAAGUUACAUGCGGCAGAGACUUGGCCUUGUGAAAAAACGAGUGACAACUAUAUUGAUCGUUUCGAGUCUUUUGAAGUCGACAAAUCUAGGCUCCAAGCUCUUCUAAACCGAGAUCGAAGUAUUUCUGUAUGGGAUACAGCAUGGUUUGCCUUUAUUCAGGAAUUCACAAGUGCGGAAUUGACAAGAAUAUCAGAUAGGUUGGUUGCUUUGCAAGGAUUAGCAGAUCAAAUUGCAUUGGUGACGGAAAGACAGUACUGUGCCGGCUUAUGGAUCGAUCAGACCUUGCCGCUAUCGCUAUUAUGGAGCAUUUCACCACUCAAAUCCCCAAGAUCCCAGGAGUACAGGGCACCUACAUGGUCGUGGGGUUCCGUGGAUGGGCUAAUCGAGUUCAAAAAAAUU